AAAGGCAGAGCGUUUAGGGGGCAGUGAGCGGGCAGCUCUUUCCAUUGCUCCAACUGACGCAGCCCCUUUUUAAUGUUAACUUCUCUGCUCCUUCUCAGUCUAGCGCGUUCUCUCUGGGAAGCUUCCCCGUCUCCCUGGCAACCCGAGCUGCGGCCAAUUGCAGUUAAGGAUUGGUGGUCACGUGGCCCCCGCCCCGUUCCAAGGAGCGGCAACAUGGCGGCCCCGGGAAGCUGCAGCAGUGAGAUUUGAAUUCCACUUGUAGCUGCUGCAUCGUGACCAUGUCGUCUCCAGCUUUGUGCGAUUUGCCUCGGAGCGCAAACGAGCUCCCUGGAGAGCCCUCUUCCCAAGAAGAAGAUGAGGAAUGUGAUUCUGAAGACCCAGUCAGCGACUCGGGUUCCUACUCCUCAGCGAGUAGCCAUUCUGAUGAUCUUGAACCUGAGUGGCUUGACAGCGUGCAGAAGAAUGGGGAGCUGUUUUACUUGGAAUUGAGUGAGGACGAAGAGGAAACCCUCCUGCCUGAGUCGCCGACUGUGAACCACGUGAGGUUCAGUGACCAUGAGAUUAUCAUUGAAGAGGAUGAUUACAAAGAAAGAAAAAAGUAUGAACCCAAACUCAAGCGGUUUACGAAAAUUUUAAAAAGCAAAAGGCUUUUGCCCAAGCGCCACAAUAAAAAAAAUAGCACAGACAAUGGGCCAGUGUCCAUUCUAAAGCAUCAGUCACAUCAGAAGACAGGAGUCGUUGUCCAGCAACGGUACAAAGAUGUGAAUGUUUAUGUAAACCCCAAAAAGCUAACUGUCAUGAAAGCCAAAGAGCAGCUCAAGCUCCUGGAAGUGCUGGUUGGCAUUAUCCAUCAGACCAAAUGGAGCUGGAAAAGGGCUGGAAAGCAGAGCCAGGGAGAGAGACUCGUGGUCCACGGCCUGCUGCCAGGAGGAGCUGCUAUGAAGAGUGGGCAGGUGCUGAUUGGGGAUGUCCUUGUUGCUGUGAAUGAUGUUGACGUAACCUCCGAAAACAUAGAGAGAGUUCUGUCUUGCAUUCCUGGACCUAUGCAGGUGAAACUGACAUUUGAAAAUGCAUAUGCUGUGAAAAAGGAAACAGCCCAACCAAGACAGAAAAAGGCCCAGUCAAGUGCAAACGAUUUAGUCCAGCUUCUGUGGGGAGAGGGGGCUGAUGGUGUCCUGCAGGAUGCCCUGAGCACCCCUCAUAUCAUUAUGUAUCUCACACUUCAGCUUGACUCAGAGGCAUCUAAGGAAGAGCAAGAGAUUCUUUAUCAUUAUCCAAUGUCUGAAGCAUCUCAGAAGCUGAAAAGUGUAAGAGGGAUUUUUCUCACCCUGUCUGAUAUGCUGGAAAAUGUAACUGGGACACAAGUUACCAGCUCAUCCCUCCUUUUAAAUGCGAAAGAAAUCCACAUAGCUUAUUGGAAAGAAUCCGACAAGUUGUUGUUAAUUGGCCUGCCUGCUGAUGAGGCAGAGUUGCUGAGAGAGAUCUUUCAUCUAUUGGUUCAUUACCCAAAUGGCCACAACAGCUGGAGCUGGACCAUCCAAAACCAGGAGCCAGGAGCUUCUUCCAGAUGCCCUACAUUGAUACAGGGGACAAGGAUCUGGGCCACCACCCACUGCCUUUCCAGUGUUCCACUUCCUCAGCUAAGGAACAUGAUAGAAGAUGUUGCCCGUACCUUGAAGUUUAUGUAUGGUUCUUUAGAUAGUGCCUUUUGCCAGAUUGAGAACGUUCCUCGCUUGGAUCAUUUUUUUAGCUUGUUCUUUCAAAGAGCACUUCAGCCUGCUAAACUGCAUUCCGUCCCUGGUUCCAGUGCUCAGCUGUAUGACGCCUCCAGUGCUGUGCUCUUAGAUGCUCUCCCUGGAGUUCGAUGGCUCCCACUUCCACAGGAAAUCAAGAUGGAAUUAGACACAGCUUUAAGUGACUUGGAGGCUGCAGAUUUUGCAGAACUGUCUGAGGAUUACUAUGACAUGAGGAGGCUGUACACAAUUUUGGGAUCUUCUCUAUUUUACAAGGGUUAUCUGAUAUGCAGUCAUUUGCCUAAGGAUGAUCUUAUUGAUAUUGCUGCAUAUUGUCGCCACUAUUGCCUGCUGCCUUUAGCAGCAAAACAGAGAAUUGGUCAGUUGAUAAUAUGGAGAGAAGUGUUUCCUCAAUAUCACCUGCACGCAUCUGCAGACCCAGACACUGAAGUCUUUCAGGAACCUGAAGGGAGAUAUUUUUUGCUAAUUAUUGGCUUGAAAUAUUAUAUGUUAUGUGUACUAUUAGAAGCAGGAGGCUGUGCAUCCAAAGCUAUUGGGAAUCCUGGACCGGACUGUAUAUAUGUGGAUCAGGUCAAAACAACCCUUCAGCAGCUGGAAGGAGUAGAUUCCCGCAUCGAUGAACAUCUCAUAUCUCCUUCAGGCCCCUGUUUGUCUUGUGCUGACUGGUUCCUUGCGGGAUCCCGUGAAAAAGCAGAUACUUUGACCACGUCACCUAUCCUCAGUAGGCUACAAGUGGCUUCCAAAGUAGCAACCUCCCCAACGUGCAGAAGAUCCCUUUUUAGUGACUAUUCCUUAAAGACAUGUAAGCCGAGUCCUUCCCGGAGCAGUGGAGGAUCUGACAAUGGUUGCGAAGGUGGAGAAGGCGUUAUUGGCAUUAGCCCUCACACCACCCCGGAUGCAGUACGGAAGCAAAGAGAGUCCCAGGGCACUGAUGGUUCAGAAGAAAGCGGGUCCUUCCUGAAGGUCACUAAGAAGAAGUCUGCUCUUCCAAAUCCAUUUCAUUUGGGAAACUUGAAAAAGGAUCUUUCAGAAAAGGAAUUGGAAAUAUAUAACACAAUGAAAUUGACAUCUGGUCCUGAGAAUACACUUUUCCACUAUGUUGCCUUAGAAACGGUGCAAGGAAUCUUUAUUACUCCUACCCAUGAAGAGGUGGCACAACUAAGUGGUUCUAUCCAUCCUCAGCUAAUAAAAAAUUUCCAUCAGUGUUGUCUUUCCAUUCGUGCAAUUUUCCAACAGACAUUGGAGAAAGAGAAAAAGAAAUCACUAGAUGAUGGAGAUCCUUCAGCUUCUACACAUUCAGUGUCUUCUCUUAACCCUGUGAAAGAACAUGGUGUGUUGUUUGAAUGCUCACCUGAAAACUGGACUGAUCAGAAGAAAGCACCACCAGUUAUGUCUUACUGGGUAGUAGGGAGACUAUUUCUUCAUCCAAAACCUCAAGAACUGUAUGUCUGUUUUCAUGACUCAGUCACAGAAAUUGCUGUUGAAAUGGCUUUUAAAUUAUUCUUUGGAUUAACCUUGUAGCUGUGUUUUCUUGAUGCACAACAACACAUGCAUGGAGCAUUAGUGUCAGAAUUGCUGAAAUCAGUACAUAGAGAAGGUUUAGCUUAUUUUCACUGUUCAAUAUUGAACAUAGUAUUGUUAAAUAUUAAAAUGAAAUUCUGUUGAAUUUGAUUUUUUAAAUCUUUUAUAUAGUGUUAUGAGACUUUUGAGGAAAUACUUGAUCAAUAUAUGAAGAGGAAUAAUUAACUUAUUUCCAUGUGGGUAUAUAAUGUUAAUUUAUUAACUAAUUUGAAAUAAUGUGAAGUGUUUUAUAUAAAAGUAAUAUAGGAAAUGUUUAUUUUGGAAAAAUACCCAAUUUUUUGUUUAUUUUUCUCAAAAUGGAUAUUGAUAUCUGAUGAAAGGAUCAUGAAAUUGAAAGGAAGUGGCCAGAUUCUAUAACUAAUUAAUGCUAUAACUUUGAGCAAGUCUUUGUACCUCUCUGAACUGAGUUUCAUGUACAAAUGAAAUGACUGCAUUGAAGUUUUAAAAUCUGAAGUAAAAUGUGAUAUUUUUCCCCUUCUUGCCUAUUGAUUGAUACCCAGAUUUGUAAUGUCCAAGUACAGAUUCCUUGUCAGAUCAAAUAUUUUAAUUAGUUCAAGUAUUUCAGUAAUACCUCUCUGUGGGAGGAAGAAUAAAACAUUAAACUUCUUUUUUUUUUAACUUAUUUGGUUCUCUUUACUCUUUCCAAUAAGCACUAGGAUAUAUUUUUUAAACUGUCCAUAAACUUUCAGUGUUUUUCUUUUUAUUCAAAUAUAUUCAGGUUUAUACAUAUACUUCAUUUAUGAAUUUCAGGAAAAUUGUAUGUAAUUUUUUUAAAAGAUGAAAACAUGUUAAAAACACUGGCUCAUGAAACCAUAUGGAGACUUCUUUGGUAAAAUACUAUUAUUUGUCUUAUGGAUAGGGAUCACUACGUAUUGGAUUUUCCCAAAUGGAGAUCACUUUAGGGAAAAUAGUCCUUGAUCUUUAGUAGAAGAAACUAAUGGUCUGAGGAUUUUCUUUGUGAGCUUUUGGCAGACUGAUAGAAAAGAACAUAACAGGUGCUGCCCACUGGAUCUUUCUGGAGGUUCAGUUGUCUCCAAGACUUUCCAAUACUGGCUUGUUUCUUCAGGACUUAAGCUUUGGAAGACAAGUUCUACCAGCACAUCUAAAAUCAGUGUCUGUGUUUCCCCUACCUCAAAUGUGAGCCCUCCAGCUGAGUCAUUAGUAACUGCAAACCUUCUUGCACCAUUUGAGCCAUUUAGUCUUAGAAGGAACAUGUGUUAUCCCUCUGUCUUCAGGUUAAGAGAUUUUCACCUAGGAAUCAAAGAUGCGAACUACACGUGUUUGUCCCACUAAUGGCUUGUGAGUUUUAAUUUUGGCAUUCAGACCUUAGCUCUUGGAAUGCUGUCUACAAAGGAGCUUGAAAUAUUCUCCUUUGAAGAGCACAACACUGAGUCACAUAAUUGACUUUUUAACUACUGUUUUAGGAUUGCCUGUGUACACAUAUGUGUAUUAAGGAACUUUGGAAGUGAUUAUUAAAUGCCUUAAAUUUGCAGCUAUGCCUCCUCAAAAUGCCAGGAGUUAGUUCUAAUACUAGGAAUUAUUGAUAAAUGCAGAUAUUGAUUACCUCAGGCUUUCAGACAGACUGAACUAACACUUGGGAUUCUAUCUUAGGUGACUUUAAAAUUUUCAUUUAGCAAAAUUUUGAUCUAUUAAACUGCUUCUUGGUGUCAAAGAAUCAAAAGAUCACUGCUCAAUAGCAGAUAAAAAUGCACAACACACGGCUGAUAUUAAUAAAAGCAAGCUGUUUGUGUUGUAGUUGUGCACUAUAAUUUCUGUAUUGUGGAAACAUUGCAUUUUUAAGAAAUGAAACCAAACGUUAUCUUGUUUUUUAUCUUUACAUGGGCACUGAAGUCUACAUCAUAUGUAUACUUAGAAGCUCAUUUUCCCAAGUAUGUUCAGAUUCAUACUUAAAAGUAGAUCCAGCUGAUUAUUGGACAAUAAAAUGCCUGUAUAUUACUUUAGUAAACAAAGUGGAACAAAAUGACAAUACAGAUACCCCAUAAAUAUGCUUCAGCAAAGAAACAUUCUUAAGUUGAAUUGUAUUAGCAUCCUGCAAUGUUCCCUUCCACCAAAGACUAUUAAUGUGAAAGACUAUAGUCCCGGUAGCCCCUCUUCCAGGCCAGCUCUCUGCUGUGGCCUGGGAGUGCGGUGGAGGAUGGCCCAAGUACUUGGGCCCUGCACCCCCUGGGAGACCAGGAUGAGUACCUGGCUCCUGCCAUCGGAUCGGCGCGGUGCGCCGGCCGCAGCACGCUGGCUGCAGCACACCGGCCGCAGCGGCCAUUGGAGGGUGAACCAACGGCAAAGGAAGACCUUUCUCUCUGUCUCUCUCUCUCACUGUCCACUCUGCCUGUCAAAAAAAAAAUUAAAAAAAAAAAUAUGAAGCACUUAGUACCAUAUUUUUUCAUUCACCAAAAUUAAUUUUAGACCCUGUUACUUUCUCUUUCCCUUUAUCUCUCUUCCUCUCUCCUCCCUCUCUCAGCUUUCUUUAGGUAUUCUUGUUUUUAUCAUGUCAGAAACUGUACCUAAGAAAUACUUCCUAUAUGUGAUAAGGGACUAUUGCUGAUGAUGUGUCCUGGAAAGCUAGUAAUUUUGCAGUGCCUGCUUUUUUUUGUCUCUAAUGCAAAUGGGAAAAGCUAUGAAUUUAUUAAGUUUGUC